ACAGACACACACACACACACACACACACACACAGUCAGAUCUCAGUAAACAAGCUGGGGGGCGUUUCGACUGACGGACGUCAACAGGAUCUCAGGUGUCACAUGGGCCUCGGGGGGAGGCGGGACGUCCUGCCGCGCGGAGACGUCUCCGUGAUCAGAGGCAUGUGGGAGGUCCGGGUGAAGCAGCACCGGCAGAGACUGAAGGAGGAGCAGGAGAGGAUGGAGCAGAGCGCCUUGCCCAAGAUCGACCAGCAGUGGCAGUAUCGUAUCUACUGUAAGACCCUGAAGAAAAAUGAGCUGAACCUUCUGCAUUCUUACCUGGAGAGAUCUACACAGGUGUACACAGAAGCGGGGCUGCAGGACCAGGAGGACGUGGAGCAGAGCGGGCUGAUCUUCCGCCUGCACGGAGCUCAGUGGAAGGACUUCCCUGGGGAGCUGAGGGGGCGGAGCUACCUGAGGGAGUGGCACGUCAUCGACACCAACGUCAGCCGGCUGCCCGACUUCCUGAAGCUCUUCACCCAGCUCAGAGUCCUGCACCUGCCCAAGAACGCCAUCGAGGAGCUUCCUCCGGAGAUCGGGAAACUUUUGGCUUUGAGGGAAUUGAACCUCAGCUACAACCGCUUGUCCACCGUCCCCCCUGAACUGGGACACUGCGAGGACCUGAGGAGGCUCGAGCUCACGGGGAACCGCGACCUCUCCGAGCUGCCGUUCGAGCUGAGCAGCCUGAAGCACCUUGAGCACCUGGACGUGGCGGAGAACCGCUUCGCCUCCGUCCCCGUCUGCGCCCUGAGGAUGAGCGGCCUGCGGCUGCUGGACCUGAGCAACAACCGGCUGACCGACCUGCCGCAGGACAUGGACAGGUUGGAGCAGCUGGUCACCCUCCUCCUCCAUAGGAACAAUGUGUCCUACCUGCCGCACUGUCUCACCAACAUCUGCACGCUGAAGAUGGUCGUCGUCAACGGCGACGCCCUCACCUGCUGCCCAAUCAAACUGUGCAGGAACCCACAGAUCAAGUUCGUUCGACUGUGUGAUCGUGCGAGUUUGGAGAAGAAGGAGGAGAAGAAGGAGGAGAGCAGGCGGAGGAGGUGGAGGCAGCAGAGGGAGGUGGAGGAGGUGGAGGUGAAGAAGGACAGCAGAGAGAAGGAGUUCAUUGAGGUCUACAUCGGCUCCCUGAAGGAACGAGACACCGUCCCUGAAUCCACCACCAAGGUGUCCAUCUCUUGCCAGCUGUGACGAAGACGAGGAGGAUGAAGAGUCAUCAGAAGGAUCAAACAAAAACACCUUGAGUUGGAUUUGUGUUUUUUAUCGAAGACGUUUUGCACUUUGAGUUGUUGGGUUGAUUUUAAUGUUUUUGCUGAAUGAGACUUUUGAAUUUCAAGGGUUUUUAUUUCCAUUGUAUUUUAUCCUUUAAAAAUUCCCAAAUCAGAUUUACAACCUCAUUAUAAUAAAUAUUUAACUUGUCAAAUGUCAGUAUUUGAACUUCAUAAACAUGACAACUAGAUUUUAUGGUUCAGGUAAAAAAAAAAAAUUACAGAAAUAACUUCGAUAAAUAAAUGAUUAUAAUUAUAAUAAAUCAUUAUUUAUGACUUUUAAAAUUGAGCUGAUCAACGAUUUUAAAUUACUGGAUAAGAAAAAUCACAUGUGAUUUGAUGAACUUCCUGUUUUAUUAUUUAGUGUAAUGCUUCACGGAAUAUAGUUGUUUAUUUUUUUAAUUGUGAUUAACGGCUGAAAAUGUGACAAUUUAACUUGUUUUAAUUAAAAUUAUCUCAAAAUGGAGAAAUGCAGUUUGCCAAUAAGUUACAUGUAUGUUUAUAAAUAACAAAAUCAAACAAUAAACACAAAUAAGUCUGA